UAGUGUUAUGGCUGUACAGUAGCUUUAGCUACACGUUUCACUGUUGAAUUCAUCCAGAUAUUCUAUUCAGCGGUGGGAGUUCGGCAACAUCAUGGGGAAAUUAAAUGUUGUAAUUCUGAGGUACCUUACAAGAGACGAUUUCCGCGUCCUCACUGCUGUUGAAAUGGGCAUGAAGAAUCAUGAAGUUGUCCCAGUGAGCCUCGUCGCAUCUAUUGCAAGCCUCAAACACGGGGGAUGCAAUAAGAUACUGAGAGAACUCGUUAAACACAAGCUGGUGGUAUAUGAACGCACGAAAACUGUACAAGGAUACCGUUUGAACUACGGGGGCUAUGAUUAUCUGGCUUUAAAAACACUGUGCUCCAGAGAUGUGCUGACGUCUGUUGGGAACCAGAUGGGUGUGGGGAAAGAGUCAGACAUCUACAUCGUUGCAAAUUCAGAAGGGGAGCAGUUUGCGCUCAAACUUCACAGACUCGGAAGGACUUCUUUCCGAAACCUCAAGAACAAGCGAGAUUACCACAAGCACAGAAACAAGAUGUCCUGGCUCUAUCUGUCACGCCUCUCUGCGAUGAAGGAAUAUGCAUACAUGAAGGCCUUGUAUGACCGAGGAUUUCCUGUCCCAAAACCAGUGGAUUACAACAGGCAUGCCGUCGUCAUGGAGCUCAUCAGUGGAUAUCCUCUAUGUCAGAUUCAUGAAGUUGAAGAUCCAGCUGCCUUAUACAGCGAGAUCAUGGAGCUGAUUGUCAAACUGGCAAAUCAUGGCUUGAUCCAUGGAGAUUUCAACGAGUUCAACCUCAUGCUGGACGACAAUGACCACGUCACCAUGAUUGACUUCCCCCAAAUGGUCUCCACUUCACAUCUGAAUGCAGAAUGGUACUUUGAUCGGGAUGUCAAAUGUAUCAGAGAUUUCUUCAGCAAGCGAUUCAAUUAUGAAAGUGAGCUUUAUCCCACAUUUAAAGACAUCAGGAGAGAGUGCUGUUUGGAUGUAGAGAUCUCUGCGAGCGGCUACACCAAAGACAUGCAGGAGGAUGACCAGCUGCUGCACCCCGAGGGCCCCGAGGAAGAGGAGGGCCACAGCGAGGAUGAGGAAGAGCACGCCGAGGCCGCGGCCUCACAGGCCGGCCCAUCGGAGGGCGACAUGGAGGAGUUCAGGCAGGCCAUGGAGGAGCUGGAAGGACUGAAGGUGGGGGAGGAUGCCUUGUCCAGUGAGGGCGCACCCAGGCCCGACACCACAAAAGAAGCAGGCGACAGCCUCGGAGCCGCCCCAACAGCGCCAGACACAGAGGAGCAAGCCGACACGCCGGGGCGUGACGAUGACCAAGACAACGAGUGCCCUGAAUUAGUCGACCUCUCGGCUCACAACAAAGAGUUCAGACCCUUCAGAAACCAAGAGAGCCUACAACACAUCAAUGAGCACAGGAGGAGAACCACCAGUGAGACGACCGUGGCAAGCGUGGCCAGCUGUUCCACUAUUCCACCGGAGGUGAUCAAACAGAAGGUGAAACGACAGCUCACCAAGCAGCAGAAGUCCGCCAUGAGACGGCGCCUGCAGAAGGGUGAGGCCAACCUGGUGACCAAGGAGAGGCGGGACAACAUGAACAACAUCAAGAGCAGCCUGGAGUCGGCCUCCUUCUGGGGCUGAGGGGACAGGAGAACAGGACAGUGGGGCCGCGGCCUGGUUCAGGCACAGAGACUGGAGAUUUCACAGGCCACUUUGAGGCGAAUUCUUACUGGUGGCAUUUGCGUCAUCUAUCUAUGGAAACAAUAA